CAAUACAUCUCGCAACUUCAAACCUCCCUCCGUCUCUCAGCACAGCAGCAAUUCUGGAUACAGCACGACAUCUCUUACUGCCGCGCCUGGGGUUCCCAGGAGGCACGCAUACCAUCCUCUCCCUCUAGCAUUUCUCCUGCUGCAUCACAGUCCCAGAUCAUGGCCUUCUCCAACACGCCGAGUGAUAGGAUGGACGAACUACGCUUUCGGAGGAAUGAUUCCUCCUCUCUGGUCGGCCUCGUCUCUCCUCCGCGAAAUGGCUCUCGAUUGCCUCAGCCUCUGCAAUCGCAAGAUGGCCGUGGGGGCCUGAUGCGUCGAUUCACUACCGAUUCCGGCCGGAUGCCUACAAUUGCCUCUCUCACGAGCCAUCGCGGUGGGCUGGACUCGCAGGAUUGGGGACCAUCGACGCAUCAUAAGGUCCAGCUUUUGGAGAAGAAGAAACUCGAGUACGAACGACUUCGAGAACAAAAGCGCCGAUUCGAGGCCGAGAUGCAAUUGCUGGAUCUUCAGCAACGCAGAGAAGAGCAAGAACUUGCUCAGAUGCAAGAAGAUCUCGGACGCAACACCAAUUCAACCGCCGGUCACCAAUCCGAACCUACCACGCCCCCAGAGUACCGCGAGACCAGCUCUGGCUUCCCUUCGGUAUUCUCACGUCCGAAUAGAUAUUCGACAUCAAGCCUCACAUCACCCCCGGGCCUUUACAACAGACCAGGCCGAUCUAGUUCCCAGCUCACCUCGCCGCAAUCCGGCAUUCUGCAGUCUCGCCUAGUCAUGGACGACAAACUUCCGUCGAGGUCUGUUCCUGGCUCAGGGCGGACUAGUGAUGAGGAUGAGAAGGAGGAGGCAGUGAGACAAGACCCUACAAGUCACCGAUCUACCAAUGCCCUCAACAGGUACUCCAUGCCAGUAACAAAGUCUCGAAACGGCAUGCACGAGAUGCUGUCUCUCGAUCAGACCAAUACCGCCCGCUUUCUCUUCGGCGAGGAAGAUGGCGCAUCAUCCCCAGAUGUCAAGAACUACCUGCAGAUGAAUGCUACGGAUGAUAAGUUCCCGAUUCUUGUCCGCCGAGAAGAUUAUCCGGGCCUCCUUUCCGCAUCUUCAGCUGCUCUCGAUCUAGCUCUGUCUCAGUCGCCAGGGCCUGAUGCCAAUGCCAAUGGGUGGGGCGCGUUUGCUCGUCACCGCCAUUCUCAACAAAGCCUACCAAUGAAUACCAUCCAAGGAAAUGGCUCAGCUUCUACUCCUCAGUCGAACGGACCUGACUCUCCCAUCAGUGUUCGCCCAUCAUACCGGCACUCGUUGGAUUUGAAGUUCUUUGAUGGGCCCCAAGAUACCUCUUCGCAAGUGAGCUCCCCAAAGCACGUUCAGGCCACACCCCCAAAGCUGCAGUCGUCAUAUUCGGCAAACGACGUCCCUACAAUGAGAUCGACAACGAGCAGCAUAUCUGGAGUCAACACCACCCCGAACUCGCAUGCUCAACAGCACUUGCACAACCACAACGCCAGCUUGGGCCGCAUCCCCCCCAGCGCGAUGAGCAAUAGGCUUAGCCGUGAGAUGGCUUCAGGCGAGAACUCAACUUCCCGCGAAGCCCAAAGUAAUGGUUUUCAGUCCAUCCAGUCCGCUCUUCAAGCAAGUGCGCCACCAUUUGGCCCCUCUUUGACCCAGGGCGUAUCUCAAGCCCCGGUGCCUACAGCGAUGACGUCCUCCGCAGUUCAACAACCAUAUCCUAUCCCCGGUUACUAUAACAACUAUAACAUGCAGAUGAUGACCAUGGGUAUGCAGAACAUGCAAAUCGGCCAACCAAUCUACUCUCAACAGAGCCCUUACAUCAACUAUGGAAGCAUGUAUCCACAAGCUGGACCCCGUGAUAGCCAGGCUAGAGUUAUCCAGCAACGCCGCCAAAACGACAGUGAGUCAAUGAAUCGCUUCGCCAAUCUGUCACUUGAACAGCUCGGCGGUGAGAUAUAUGCUCUCUGCAAAGACCAGCACGGCUGUAGAUACCUUCAAAAGAAACUGGAAGAUCGCAACCCCGAGCAAGUCCACAUGAUCUGGCUUGAAACCAAUCAACACGUUAUUGAGCUGAUGACUGAUCCUUUCGGCAAUUAUCUCUGCCAGAAGCUUCUGGAGUAUUGCAAUGACGAAGAGCGCACUGUCCUCGUCGAAAAUGCAUCCCAUGACCUUGUCCGCAUCGCUCUGAACCAGCACGGAACUCGAGCCUUGCAAAAGAUGAUCGAGUUUAUCUCGACCCCUGGCCAAGUCCAAACUAUCAUCGGGGCUCUUCGGUACAGAGUUGUUGAGCUCAUUCAGGACUUGAAUGGAAACCACGUCAUUCAGAAAUGUCUGAACAAACUUUCUCCUACGGAUGCCCAGUUUAUAUUCGAUGCUGUUGGGCACCAUUGUGUUGACGUUGGCACUCACCGGCACGGCUGCUGUGUCCUCCAACGGUGCAUUGACCAUGCUUCGGGAAGUCAAAAGGCUUGGCUGAUCGGGCAGAUUUCUAAUAACGCCUACGCCUUGGUCCAAGACCCAUUCGGCAAUUAUGUUGUUCAGUACAUCCUUGAUCUGAAUGAACCCAUCUUCACAGAGCCUCUGGUCGCACAGUUCAAAGGUCGUGUUAGCCAACUCUCGAAGCAGAAGUUCAGUUCCAACGUCAUUGAAAAGUGUCUCCGCUGCGCGCAGGAGCCCUCCAAGGACAUGCUGGUUGAGGAGAUGCUACAGCCCAACGAGCUCGAUCGACUCCUUCGGGACUCUUUCGCAAACUAUGUCAUUCAGACAGCUCUCGACUAUGCCAAUCCGCCUAUGAAGAAUCGCCUAAUCGAGGCCAUCCGUCCUCACCUGCCUGCCAUCCGUACAACCCCUUACGGCCGUCGAAUUCAGGCUAAGAUCCAAGGAAACGAAGGCCGCAGCGGCCCAUCAAGCGGACAAGCAACCCCUAAUGAAAUAGAAUCGAGUCAGGCACCUGUGCGUCACCAGCGUGGCAUGUCCAAUGCUUCGGCCGGUAGUUUCGUGAGCCCCGCCGGUGCAUACACAAACGGUUAUAGUCCUGCCGCUGGCGCUUCCAAUUCCAAUGGUCUACCAAUCCCUUCCACUCGCCCAGCACCCCAACCGGCGGGCGGUUUUCCAGCCAGUGACCGACUUGCUUCUGCCCCGGGUCCACAGCAAUCUUAUCCAUACGCUUACGGUAGAGGCAGUAGUCAGACAGGGGCGGGGAACUGGCUCUAACCUGCUCUCUCUCGUCAUGACGAUACGAUCUUAACGCUUGUAACGGUACGAGGAACGAUAUUACAUUUUCUAGUCGUUGAAGAGGUCAACUUUCCCGAACCAUCACUGCCAUGUUUAACCCUCGCGCGAGGGUUCUAAUU